UCGUCCGCCUAUCGAGACCUAUCGAGACGACUUCGGUCCAGCGGAUAAUUCAGAUCUUCAGUAGCAGCUGAGGUGUGCAGUAGUGCGGAAGUAUUUCCAGCAUUGGAAUUGUGUGGUCCCCGGGGAGGAUUGAUCAACGAGGAUUCCAGGAGAGGUGAUUCGCCGAUUGGCAGUUUUCAUUCGAAACGACAAGUGGAAUUCCAAACUAUUUUCCCCCUAAGAAAAUAACUAGUGAAAUUCAGUGAGCCGUUCUUCCAAUGCAUUAGUUUCAUCGACGAAAAAAAUGAAUGCAAGUGUUCGUUAAUCGAAGCAAUUUAAGUAAAACUUAACAAAAUAGCAAAUAUCCUUCGGGAAGGUGCAAUUUUAAACGACACCCUAUAAUACGCGGUAUUCUGGAAGCAAUCAUCAAACGAUGGGUGCCGAUUCGAACACCAAAACGAUACCGUGCGCCAAAACGGCGGAGCUGAUCGACGCCACCAUGGGACUGAAAACCAGAAACGGUAACGGAAGCCUUACCUCGUCAGAGCUGACCGAUGAGCUGAAGCAGCACGGAUCAACCCUGGAUCCGUCCCAGUUCCAGAAGGCCCUGUCCAACUGCAACAAUCUGGCCCACGAGGGCGAGGUGGACAAAAAGCUGAAGGAAAUCGGAUCCCACACACCCAUCCUGCCGUCGGAGAUUGGGACGGAUUUCAAUUUUAAGCGGGAAAUCGUCUGGAAAAAUGUGAUCGGUUUCGCUGCGCUGCACGUUUGCGGAUGGAUCGGACUACAUUUGGCUUUCUGGCAGUACUGCGACUGGCGAACGACGCUUUACACUGCCUGGUUGAUGUACAUGUCCGGCCAAGGAGUCACGAUGGGUGCCCACAGGCUGUGGGCCCAUCGCGCCUUCAAGGCGAAGCUGUGGCUCCGAGUUUUGCUGCUCUGGCUGCACACCCUGGCCGGUCAAAAUUGUCUGUAUGUGUGGGUUCGGGAUCACCGACAACAUCACAAGUACUCGGACACGGAUGCGGAUCCGCACAACGCCAACCGCGGCUUCUUCUUCUCCCACGUCGGCUGGCUGAUGUCCAAGAAACAUCCCAAGGUCAUCGAGUAUGGCAAAAAGAUGGACAUGUCCGAUUUGGAGGCUGACCCGUGGAUCAUGUUUCAGAAAGACCACUACAAGCUGCUGUACACGAUUUUUGCCUUCUUCGCACCAACUGCUAUCCCGGUCUACUUCUGGAAUGAGGAUCCCUGGUACGCCCUGUUCGUGGCCUUUUUCCUGCGCACCUGUCUGAGUCUCAACGGAACCUGGUCCGUCAACAGUGCCGCUCACAUGUUCGGAACACGUGCUUAUGAUAAGACAAUCUGGCCGGUGGAAAAUAUGUUCGUAUCGUUCGUUGCCAUGGGCGAGGGCUGGCACAACUAUCAUCACGCCUUCCCCUGGGACUACCGGGCCUCGGAGUACGGAACCCCGCUGAAUCUGACUGGAACGCUGAUCGAUCUGCUCGCCAAGUACGGUGCUAUCUGGGACCGCAAAACUGCCACCUCCAACAUGGUGAAAAAUCGGGUCCUUCGAACCGGAGACAAGUCGCAUCACACCUACGGUACCGACGAGGGUCGCAGUGCAUUCACGACCCUGUGGAACAUCUGGAAGCACCCGUCCAAUCCGACCUACAACUCGAUCUACACCCCGAAACCGAAGAUCAUCCAGAGCGACGGCUAUGCCCUGAUCGAGGACGAGCUGAAGAAGUCCGAAAUGGACGAAGACAUUCUGCAGAAGGAGGCGGAAGAGUUGCUGCGCCGUCAACAGGAAGAGGAACAGCAGAAGACCGAAGCGUCGAAGAUCUACGACAAGUUGUCGCGAUACAUCAAGGAUCAGACAGUUGAAGAGCCGGCGCCUGAAGAUCAGACCAAUAACAAUCUUCUGGACAAGGUUGGCAAGAGUCGACUCAACGUCGAUAAUAACGAGAAUGUGAUAACCCGCAGGCAUAUCUAGUGGGGGCCUUUGGAAAAUGGGUAGGGGUUUUCAUUCGCUAUAAUAAUUCCUGAACUUAGAAUAUCGUAAUGCUACCUUGUAAGUUAGAACGAUAGGACCAUGAACUUGGAGUUGAGUGACCUUAAAAUCGAUUUUUUCCCUCUGAAGAGUGCUAACAUUUUUAAUUUUGUUUUAGAAAUGUUACAAAUGUUUACAAAUCUGAACCUUACGUUACUCUUAAUUCAAUGCUCAGUGAAGGAGAGAAGGAUUUGAACCGAAAUUCGUUUGCUCAAGAAUAAAAUAAAAAUUUUAUAGUAAGGCAUCGGUUUAGCGACUACCUGUAGUAUCCUAAUAAUAAGAGUAAUAAUAAAUGUACAUAGCUAAAUCUAUCGCGUUUUUUUUUUAAAUUCAAAUUUCAGCUAAAUCAAAACUACGAACAAUUAGGGAAGCUCCAUUCUUUUGAAACACAUUGGAAAUCCAAAGAAAUUUGCUUUUUGGUUUAUUGCGAUGCCUUUUUUCGGCUGGCAUAAAUACAACUGAUUUUUUUUUCUCCGAGCUAUAAUAGCAAAAUAAAAUCAAAUUGACUAUUUUCAAUAACAUUGCAUGAAAUAAUGAAUGAUCAUUUUCUAAAAACAAAGA